AAUCUUUCGCGUACCAUACCGUGUAUGAUCUAUGAGAAUAUCACAUGAUCCAUGAUUGUGAUACAACGUCGCGCGACGAGCUGAACUCGGAAGUUGUCUGGUAACUUCUUAACUUUAAUCAGCAUUGAAUCUAUGAGGGUUUCGCCACUUUCUGUCUGAUCAAGGGGACGAAAGGUUGAAUUCUACGAAGAUGAAGAUCCUUGUUACAUUUGUGGCGCUGUUUGCUGCCACUAGUGCACUAAACCCUGCAGCAAUCUACAGAUCAAAAUGCAGCGAAGGUGCUUCGUAUUGGUGCCAGAGUGCAUCACAUGCAGAUGAAUGUGGAGCUGUAGAGUACUGUAUCCAGAACUACUGGAGGGGCAAACUUGUUGAAGAAUCAACAUCAUGCUCAGACUGUGAAGCUUUUAUCAAUGGAGUACAGAAUAUCCUGGAACAGACUUCUGUUCAGACGGAAAUCAUUGAUGCUGCCAAACAGGCCUGUGUUGUGAUGGAAAGUCUGGAGGCUAUCUGCCAGACGAUGGUUGAAAACCUUGGAGCUGAAGUCCUGCAGAAAUUGGUCACUGAAUUGAGUUCAGAUGAGGUCUGUAAGGUUCUUCAAUUCUGCCAAGAGAAGAAGACUUCACUCCAAACUAAUGUGAACGAUGAUGAGCUAUGUACACUGUGUAAAGAUGCAAUGACUGAAGCGAAUUCAUUCCUCUCUGAUGUUACAAUCCAGCAAGAGGUUGAGGACAUUCUCCUCAAGUUCUGCCCGCUCCUGUCCGAGAUCUUCCCGAACUGCGUCCAGGUCGUUGAAGAUGACAUCCCCAGUAUCUUUCAGUUUUUGAUUGCUUACCUAAACCCAGACACAUGUAGUGAAAUAGGACUCUGUCCUGGAACAGAGGAACUGCGAAACCUCCUUGUUCAACUCAAGAAGCUGAAAAACCGUGAGGGUGCAGACCUUUGCUCCACGUGCAAAUCCACAGUUGGGACCAUUGACAGCAUGCUGAGCAAUGCAGCCAUACAGCAAGCUAUUAUUCUUGAGUUGGACCAACUCUGCUACCAGUUUGGUCCCUUGACCCCAGUCUGCAUCUAUGCUGUCAAGACUUACACCAAGGAGAUCAUCACUGCUGUCAUCUCAUACUUGAACCCAGAUUCCUUCUGCCAUGAGUUUAGAUUCUGCUCAUCAGAUGAGAAUGUUUAUCUUGGCAACGACCCCUGCGCUGAUUGUAAGACUUUCAUCGGAGAUAUCGAUGGCAUGCUUACCAACGAGACAGUUCAGAACAUCAUUGUUGAUGCUGUUGAUAAGGUCUGUGAAGUGUUGGGAAACUUUUCUGAUCAGUGUCAGAGUUACGUGGACCAAUAUGGAUACUUAGUCUUUGACUUCCUUGCAUCGGAGCUGUCCCCUCAGGAAGUCUGUACUGACAUCAACUUCUGUUCAUCUACUCAGAAGCCAAAGACCAAGAUGAAUCUUUAUCAUAUCUUCAAGGUCGUAGAAAAGAGAAUCCAUGUCAAGGGACCUUCCAAGGUCUGUACUGAUUGUGAACAGUUUGCCGCCGACGUCCAAUCAAAAUUGAACGACCCUAAUGUUCAGAACACUAUCGUCAAUGCCAUUGAGAGUGUGUGUGCAUUGUUUGGACAGAGUUCGGAUGAGUGCAGAUCCUACGUUGAGCAGUACGGCGAUCUCGUCAUUCAGUUUAUCGUUUCAUCUAUCGAUCCAGACACAAUUUGCAAUGAUCUUGGAUUCUGUAUGUCCUCAAAGAAACCCAUGGUCUUGAGGAAACUAAAAGGACCCUCUAAAGUCUGUACAGACUGCGGCAAGUUUUUCUCUGAUGUGCAGAUGAAGCUUAAUGAUCCUUACGUCCAGAAUACCAUUGUUAAUGCGAUUGAGAACGCUUGCACACUGUUUGGUCCGAAUGCAGAUGAAUGCAGGUCCUACGUCGAGCAGUACGGCGAUCUCGUCAUUCAGUUUGUCAUCUCCUCCAUCGAUCCAAGCACGGUUUGCAACGAUCUUGGAUUCUGUAUGUCAUUGGCUCGACCCCCCACCCCGAAACAGUUCAAGGAAGUUCAAGGACCGUCCAAAGUGUGCACUGAUUGCGACCAGUUUUUCACUGACGUUCAAACCAAACUGAAUGACCCCAAUGUAGAGGCAACCAUCGUCAAUGCCAUAAUGAGUGUGUGUUCGUUGUUUGGACAAAAUUCAGAUGAGUGCAGAGCCUAUGUUGCACAAUAUGGUGACCUUGUCAUUCAGUUUAUAGUAUCAUCAGUGGAUCCUGACACAGUUUGCAAUGACCUUGGUUUCUGCAUGUCCAUCACGAUGCUAAGACAGAGGUUGUCCCUUCUCGCUGAUCCAUGCACAGACUGCAAAACUUUCAUUGCUGAUGUACAAGGCAUGCUCAUGAACGAGACUGUAGAAAGCAUGAUUACUGCAGAGUUGGUUCAAGUGUGCAGUUACUUUGGAUCAUUCGCUGACCAAUGCCAGACCUACGUUAGCCAGUAUGCCACUUUGGUGUACUCCCUCUUAGCUUCUGAAUUGAAUCCAGAUCAGAUCUGUGCCACCAUUGACUUCUGCCCCGCGCAGACGCACUUGAAAUUUCAGACGCCGAGGGUUGAUAAUGGUGAGGUGUGUACUCUCUGUCAGAACGUUGUCGGUGCUGUCGAGACCUACAUAUCAAGCCAGGCUAAUCAGAAUUUCAUUGUUCAAGAACUGGAUUCUCUUGUUUGUGCCAAUCUCCCAUCCAUUCUCUCGCUUCAGUGCAAGUCUCUGGUGAAAACCUACACUCCCAUGAUCAUCAACCUCAUUCUUACAUACUUUGAGCCAAAGAUGUUGUGUACUGAAAUCAAGUUGUGUCCAGGUGUAAGUUCAUUGAAGAUCAAUGGUGAUUCGGAAUUUUGUGAUGACUGCAAAAAAUUCAUGGGUGAUAUUCAAGCCUUGCUGACCAACACAACUUUCCAGCAAGGGAUAAUAAAAGAAUUGGAAGGCCUGUGCGUCAAUGCUGGAAGUUUCGAAGCUGAGUGUAAACUUCUGAUCCAGACAUAUGCACCCACAGUCUUUGCUAUGAUUGUCUCUGAGUUGGAUCCCACUACUGCGUGCACAGCUAUUCAAUUGUGCCCAGGCGGUUCUGCCCCCAUGGUUGCACUUACCAAGACAGACCCACAAUUUUGCAGUGCGUGCAAAAGCCUUCUUACUGAUGUUGUUUCAUUGCUUAGCAACCAGACUUUUGAGAAUGAGAUCUUAGCUCAGGUUGAGAAACUAUGUGCAAUGGCUGGAAGUCUUCAAGCGGAAUGUGAACUCUUGGUAAAAACCUAUGGACUUGCUGCUUUUUCAUACCUUGAGGCAGAACUGGAUCCCAACACCGUUUGUACAGAAAUCGGUCUCUGCCCUGGUAAUACUGCUCCAGCCACGAAAGCCAUUUCUCUUGUGGCAGUUCAACCUAUGGCAACCCUUCAAGCGGCUCAACCAAUCGUUCCUAAGAAAACAAGCUCAAAGGCAUCAUCGGAUGAAGAAUGCACAUUUUGUAAAUGGAUUGUUGGUGCUUUCCUCUAUGAAUUCAAUAACAAUGAGACAGAGCAAGAGUUCUUGGAUGACAUAACGGAACUGUGCAAUGUAUUCAGCAAUAACGACACGAGAAGAGAAUGCCACAAUUACAUAGAAACCUACGGGUCGCUGAUAUUCAAUCUCUUCCUGGAUAAUUUGAGUGCAGAGCAGGUUUGCCAGACAAUCGGUGCAUGUACCUCUCUCAUGGACUUGAAGCCUAUGAAACACCUGAAGGAGGUGCUUUUGAAGCUCCCCAGAGAUGAUACCUUCUGCACCCUGUGUAAAAUCGGUGUUGGUGAACUGGAGACCAUUUUAUCAUCAAACAAAUCCAAGGAGGAGAUAAAACAAGAGGUAGAGAAAUUGCUCUGUGGCAAUCUACCAUCUCCAAUCAACACCCAGUGUCUCUCCUUUAUGUCUAUCUAUGGUGAUGUCCUCGUCCAGCUGGUGAUUGACCAAUUAGAUCCAUCAACUUUCUGUAAAGAUGUCGGACUCUGCGAUGCUAACAAGAAGGAACUGAAGAGUAAGCUUCCACCUCUCAAGGCCUCUGAAGACUGCGUACUUUGUGAAUUCAUAGUUGCGGAACUUGACAAAUAUAUCAAAGAGAAUUCAACAGAGGAAGAAAUCAGAGAAGCAUUGAAAAAGGUGUGCAAUGAUCUGCCAGAGUCCAUCAGGAGUAAAUGUGAUUCCUUCCUUGAAGAGCAUGCUGAACAAUUUGUUGAUUAUCUUGUGGAACAGAAUCCUAAGGUCCUGUGCUCUGCCCUUUAUUUGUGUGAUUCAGAGAAAAAAGUGCCACCGCCUCCUCCAGUGAAAGAUAGUUCUGAUUGCAUACUCUGUGAAUUCAUUGUGGAAGAACUAGACAAGUACGUUGAGAAGAACUCAACUGAGGAAGAAAUCAGAGAAGCAUUGAAAAAGGUCUGCAAUGAUCUGCCAGAGUCCAUCAGGAGUGAAUGUGAUUCCUUCCUUGAAGAGCAUACUGAACAGUUUGUUAAAUAUCUCCUAGAAGAGAAUCCUAAAGUCUUGUGCUCCGCUCUUUAUUUGUGUAGUUCAGGUAAAUUGAAUGGUAUGUUAAAGAAGUUGAAGGUUCAAGACACAGAGGGAUGCAUCCUUUGUGAAUAUGUCAUGUAUGAAGUUGAAAAAUUACUUAACGGAUCUACCACCGUGGAUGAGAUUGAGAAAGCAUUGGAUGAUGUCUGUGAUGUACUCCCAUCCAGUGAGAAAACAGAAUGCACAGAAUUUGUGAAUGCCUACACACCGUUAAUAAUAUCAUACAUCACUCAGGAAUUGUCACCAAAGAGUAUCUGCACCAUGUUGGGAGAAUGCGAUACAGCAGCCAAACCCAAGAUCAAGAAACCUCUUGCAAGUACUGAGUGUACUCUCUGUGAAUUUGCUAUGUCUGAGUUGGAUACUAUCCUGAGUGAGAAUGCAACACAGGAGGAGAUUGCGGCCGCCUUAGAAAAAUUAUGUGACAUGCUACCUUCCACCAUAAGGCAAGAGUGUGAUGCCUUUGUGACAACCUAUGAGCCAGAGAUUAUUAAACUCCUGUUGACAAUGAGUCCGGACCAGGUCUGCGCGGAGUUGGGGCUCUGCACCUCAAGCUUCAAGGUUCUCCUUGGUUCAAUCGAAUGUGACCUGUGCCAGACCGCCGUCCGCGAAUUCAUGCUCGCCAUCCAAGAGCCUUCCGUAACUAAGGAGAUUGUCGCUAUCGUCAACGAGACCUGCCCCCUCCUCCCUGAUGAUCUAAAAGCAGAGUGCUUUUCAUAUGUUGAUCAGUAUGGAGACCUGGUAACCGAGUUCAUUGCUCAGUUCUUUGACCCCAUCACAACAUGCACGCUAAUUGACGCCUGUCCGUACCCUGAUAACGCACCAAGAACUCCAAAGCGCAUGCUUGGCCGUAACGAAUGUACUAGAGGACCGGGCUACUGGUGUGCCUCCAAGGAAAAUGCUGUCCAGUGCAACAUGGUUGAACAUUGCAAGCGUCAUGCUUGGAACUAAAUAUUGAAUCACACUUCAAAGAUGUGGGUGUACGACUCAAAGCACAUCAAUGAAUCACGUAUGAAUUCACUUUCAUAACAGAAGGUCAUCACAAAAAAUAUGAUACCAUUCCCUGAGCAAUAUUAUGGUGUAGAAAUUGUUCUAACAAUUCACUCAUGUUAACAGAUAUAUGAUGCACACUUACUAAUAACUAAAGUAAUUUUUUUGUCAACAUUACACAUGAUAGUACAUUGUUUACUUAUGAAAUAUUUGUGGGUGUUUUAAUCAUUGUUAUUGCAUGGAUGGUAUGACUUGCUCCUUAAAUGCAGGAUAACUUUGUCAAUAUCCCACUUCAGUUUCAUGUUUUGCAGAUAAAUUCCUGCUCAAUUUGGGGUGUGAAAAUAGUUUUUGAACAGAACAGGAGAAUAUUAAUGCACAUUAUCUUUAUGCUACUGCAUUAUCAUCUGCAUAUGUGUGCAGUCAAUGGGAAUUGCUUUACCUGGUGUUCCACAGGGCUGUGUGCUGUUACAAUGCCACCUUGCAUAAUUAUAGUGUGCAUUGUCUUUGCGAGUCAGAGUUCAUGAAAGCUAUCCUAUCAUUGGAUCUGUAUAAUAUCUGACAAAAGAUUUUAGUUUUGAAAAAAAGAGAGCAGAAAUGAGAUAUAUAACAAGGGAUUUUUUAAUAACUAUUUUCACAAUCGUUUUGAAAGAAAUACGACAAACAGGAGAACCUCUCUUUCUUUAUAUAAAACCACAGAUGGAUUUUAUUUUUUUCUUCAUGUUGUAAUGUAGAAGCACCCCUUGCCUUUAAAAACAAAAAUGAUAUUGUUUGAUCAAAUCAAAACUUAUUGAUAUAUUGAGUUGAAAAUAAUCUUUGUUAUUGCAGAAAGGAGAUGUAUAGGAUAAUGUGAUAUUUAAUAGAAUACUCUAACUAUUCUUAGGAGUAGAUAGGCAUGUAGUAAUGACUAUUUUGUGUUAUUUUAAUCAAGAUUUGGGUAUGUUAUCAUUUGGGAAGGAUUAAUUGAAUUGUAUUAUUGUGUUACUUAUUGCACUCUUCCAUAAAAAUGUUACAAUUUGUAAUGAUAUAUAUUAUUGUUUAAUAGAAAAAAAAAAUCCAUUUUAAUUUCUCUGUAUGUUUUGAUCUUUUUUGUUUUCAUGCUUGAAUGAAGAAUACAAACUUCAAGUGAGAAUUCUAGUCAUUUCAUAGCAUGUCAUUCUCAUAUUCUAUUUUUUGUUGUUUUUGUUUAUUAUGUUCUUAUGAACUCAAAAUCUGCAUGUAUGGUGUCCUUAAAAUACAGAUUUUGAGUUCAUAAGUACAUUAGGAGUCAUGCAUUUAUGACCAUGGAUAUUUUUCUAUCAUUCCUCUGAUAUUAUGCAUUUAUGUCAUGUAUGAUACCACUUCACAAGGAUUAAUGACAAAAGCUUACAUAAAAAAAAAAUGUGUGUAUUGAUAUGCCUUUUUGUGCAAAUUUAGGCUAAUUUAUUUGAUGUCGUAGUGAAAAGUUACAAACUGAGAUAUAUGUAUAUAAGUCAAUAUUUUUUCAUCUCUUUUGCUGUACUCUAAGAAGACAUUUCUCAAAUAUAAUUACAUCAGAGUGGAUGUUCCAGAUUUCUUUUCUCUUAGUUGAACCUUUGAAGGUGUUUUUCACUUUUUAUUUUGAACAUAUUAAACUGUUUGACGCAAGCAAAAAAGCUAUGAAUUUCAUUUUAUUUUCAUUUUUUCAUGCAUUUAACAUCAUAUACCAGAAAAUGUAGUUGACAAUUGUCUACAUCAGUUUUUUAAUGAAUGAAGAGAAAUGUUAUGAUUUAACUAUAUUUUUUUGCUGGGAACAGAUGUGUCAUGAAAUGCUAACUUGGAUUGUUGGAAUUAUUGUGCACUCUUUUUAUGUUCAUUGUUCAUGUACAUUUCAUCUGUAAGCUAAGGAAUGAUUCAAUCAUGAUAUGUGACCGUUUUGAGAUGUAAACUUAGUCUCUAUUUUUGUUCUUUUAUAUACAAUGUCUUUAUAAACAUUAACAUCCUCUUCGCAUAUGUCUAAAUGAACUUUGACUAAUAAAGAUGAUUUAGAAUCAA